AUGACCGAUUAUAACCGAAGCCUCGAGGUUGAGAAGAUUGGCCUUAGCCAAGACAAAGCCCAUUUUUCGUCGAGGCUGGACGAGCUGGAGACCACCGUAUCCCAACUCCGGGGGGAACUGGAUUUGGUGAAGGCCGAUGCAGCGGGCCUAGCCGAGAGGAACCAGCUACUGGAAUCCGACACCGCUCUGUAUAAAGAACGUAUGAGAGUUUUUGAAGGGAAAGCCGAGGAUCGGUCUCGGAUAUGUGAGGGCUUGAAAGCCGAGAUGGAGGAGGCGGUGAGCGCCAACGAUGUUCUUAAGGCUGAGCUAGAAGCUGCUGUUCACAUGAGGAAUAUUGCUGUGGCGAACCGGGCCGAGCUGGAGACUAAGUUAGCUAAAGCCGAGGCUGAUUUAGAAGAAGCCUGGAAAGGCGUUGAGGCUGCCGAGGCUCAUACUGCCAUCUUCGCCGAUGGAAUGUCUCUUCACCAUGUUGCUACUUGA